AUGCCCUCGAUUGAUUGCGAUGGGAUCAUCAAUUCUGCUUCUGCCCAAAGUGAUGCCUCGCAGUGGCAGCAGGAUUGGUUCGUAUACAAGAACUUUUUUCUGGGCUCCAGCCUUGAUGUUGGUGGAAAUGCUUCUCGAGGAGACCGGCAAGGAGUGUUUGUGGAUGUGGGUGCCUUCCAUCCCAUUCAUCUCUCCAAUACCUACUUCUUCGAGCGCUGUUUGGGAUGGCGCGGUCUAUGCGUCGAACCCAACCCAUCGAUGCACUCCUACUUCCAAGCUUACAGGCCUUCUUGCGAGCUGGUCAAGAAUUGUGUUUGGAGCCAUCCGCGGCGGGUGGUCAUGUCCUUCCAGAAGGAUCCGAUCGAGGCAUACAUCCGUGAGGACGAGGCCGAAGAUGGGGUGCAAGAUAUGGGUUCCAGUGGUGCUGUGAAAAUCACAGGCGGUGGCAAAAGGCCUGAGUUUGUGGCCGAAUGCCGGACACUGGAGGAGAUCUUGCGAUCUCAAAAUCUCGCACGGCCCAACGUGGUGGACUUUCUGUCUGUGGACGCGGAAGCUGCAGAGGUUGAGAUCUUCCGAGAUUUCCCUUUUGAUGAAUUCGAUAUUCAGGUUGUAAAUGUGGAAGUCCAAGCAAAGAAUUACUAUGACUUGGACAACAUUAUUCUGAACUCCGGAUAUGUCAAGAUCGCAGUGCUAGGUGGCGACCAUGUCUAUGCAAAACUCCAGUCAGCCUUGACCUUUCCCUCACGCAUGGCCUCGUGGAGACAAGCCUUGGCCAAGGACUUUUGGUCUCAUGAAGCCCCGAAGACUGCGGUGGCACUGAAUUCCCGUGCGGGUGGGCCAGCGCAGUAG